AUGGCGUCCAAUGUGAGUGAAGAGGGGACAUUCCAAUGCUCGAAAUGCGACCAAUUUUUGGAUUUGUCAUCGAAGACGUUGAGAUGUCUUCAUUCUUUCUGUGGGUCGUGCGUGGAGAUGAUUCUUGGAGGAAAUCGACUGUGUCUCCAGUGUCUACAGCCUCUGACCGAUGAAGAAUUGAGACUGGCACCAUUUUUAGUGAAGUCUUUGAGGUGCCGUCAGCUGGAAUCCCAACAACUGAAUUGUGAUACGUGUUCAGAAGACAUCAUCGGAACGGCUGGCCAGAAUUGGUGCCAAGACUGUCAGAAAAUCUUGUGUCAGACCUGUGAGAGAUUCCACAAGAGACUCCACCCCGGACACGGGACCAAAAACUUGUCAGGUUUGUCGAGGGUGGAGGUCAUCCGGGUCAUCACGACGGACGACUGUCGCCGGCACCGUAAAUCCAAGGACGCCUUCUGCGAGCGGUGCAACGUGUGCCUUUGUGACGCAUGUUACGAGGAUCACGUGAUUGACUCCCCACAGUGUUCACCUCGUUCGCUGUCGGUGAGGGAGGAGGCGUCGAAGGAGAAGAAGCGCGGCCCCACCUUGGAGCAGGAACUCCGAGAGUUCGAAAUCCGCAUCCGGGCAACGAACGAACGAACGAGGCGAUCCAUUGACCAACUGUCAACGGACUGCGAUUCCGAAUGCUCGAAACUCUGGCAGGAUUUUGAGGCAUUCGUGGAAGAGACACGGAUCAAGUUGGGAGAGCUGUGCGACAAUAUGAGAGCGGCGGCGUCCGAAUUGAAGAAAAAAUGGCGCCUCAUCCUCAGGGAGAGAGACGACCUUUUGGGGAAGGUAAAGAUCUGGCAGCAAACCUUGCGCCAUUUGUUGACGGACGACGCCGACGAUGAGGACGUCGUUUGUGGAUUGAGGUUGGUGGGAGCUGAGCUUUCUGCGCGGCUCCACCAAUCCUUUGCUUCGCCCGAGAAAGUCCGUUGUGUCGUGACCUUUCCCAAAUGGUGUCACGACUCCCUAGAGUCACUGAAGAAAGAAAUGAUCGAGUGGACAGUAGAGACAUCCGGGCAUUUGCAGUUAGAAGGAGAAUGCCAUCUUCACGGAUCGAACCUGCACAUUAUUUCAUCAAUUGUUGCCGUCGACGAAGACAAUCAUGUCUUUGUUGGCGAUUGGAACGGCGAUUCGAUCCAAGAAUUCGAUGAGUCUGGACAAUUGGUCGGCCAAUGUCGCUUAACGGACGGAGGAGAGGGAUUCUGUCCCAUGGAUAUUUGUCGCCUCUCUGAAGACAUUUUGGUUGUUUGUGGUCUGUCAGCUUCCUUUCCUCUCCCCGACCCCCAAGUGCCAUCUUUCUUCCCUCCCUCCACACCUAAAAAUGUCAUCUUUCCUUCCUCUCCCCGACCCCCAAGUGUCAUCAUUCCUUCCUCCCUCCACUCCCAAGAUGUUAGAUUCCCUUCCUCUCCCCACCCUCAAAAUAUUUCAUUUUCUCUCGAUACUGCUUAUUUUUGUUAA